CGCGUAUCGGCGCCGCGGCCGCGUGACGCGUUUUCAAAUCUUCAACCGCCGCAGCCCACUCGUUUGUGCUUCGGCUCUUCCUUCUCCGGCCCUGCGGCCCCGGAAACCCGGCAGGCCGACGCGGCAUCUCUACUGCGUGGGUGUGGUAGCCCGCGGAAGAGGAGCGGCGACCUGCGGCUCAGCGGGCCCGGAGGAGCCGUGUUUCCGCGGCCGCCCGGCGCGACACCCUCUCCGGAUCCAGCAUGUAGGUGCCGGGCGGCUGCCAUGAACUCCGGAGCCAUGAGGAUCCACAGCAAAGGACACUUCCAGGGUGGAAUCCAAGUCAAAAAUGAAAAAAACCGACCGUCUUUGAAAUCUCUGAAAACUGACAACAAACCAGAAAAACCCAAAUAUAAGCCACUCUGGGGAAAAGUAUUUUACAUUGAUUUACCUUCUGUCACCAUCUCUGAAAAACUACAAAAGGACAUUAAGGAUCUGGGAGGGCGAGUUGAAGAGUUUCUCAGCAAAGAUAUCAGUUAUCUUAUUUCAAAUAAAAAAGAAGCUAAAUUUGCACAGACCUUGGGACGAAUUUCUCCUGUACCAAGUCCAGAAUCUGCAUAUACUGCAGAAACCACAUCACCUCAUCCCAGCCAUGAUGGAAGUUCAUUUAAGUCUCCAGAUUCAGUAUGUUUGAGCAGAGGAAAAUUAUUAGUUGAAAAAGCUAUCAAGGACCAUGAUUUUAUUCCUUCAAAUAGUAUAUUAUCAAAUGCCUUAUCAUGGGGAGUAAAAAUUCUUCAUAUUGAUGACAUUAGAUACUACAUUGAACAAAAGAAAAAAGAGUUGAAUUUACUGAAGAAAUCAAGCACUUCUGUAAGAGAUGUGGGGAAAAGAGUAGGGAUCAGCACUCAAAAAGCAAGAACAGGUAGACUCAAAAAGCCUUUUGUAAAGGUGGAAGAUAUGAGCCAACUUUAUAGGCCAUUUUAUCUUCAGCUGACCAAUAUGCCUUUUAUAAAUUAUUCUAUUCAGAAGCCCUCCAGUCCAUUUGAUAUGGAUAAGCCGUCUAGCACCCAAAAGCAAACUCAGGUUAAACUAAGAAUCCAAACGGACGGUGAUAUAUGUGGUGGAAUUCCAGUUCAAGUCCAUUUGAAAGAGAAGAAGAAAAAAGGAUAUUGUGAAUGUUGCUUGCAGAAAUAUGAAGAUCUCAACGCUCAUCUUCUAAGUGAGCAACACAGAAACUUUGCACAGAGUAAUCAAUAUCAAGUCGUUGAUGAUAUUGUAUCUAAGUUAGUUUUUGACUUUGUGGAAUAUGAAAGGGACAUGCCUAAAAAGAAAAGAAUAAAAUACAAUGUUGGAUCCCUUUCUCCUCUUACUACAAAUGUCCUGAAAAAGUCUGAACCUAAAGAAAAUCUGGAAUUGCAACAUACUUCUCAGAAAGACUUCAGGGAAAAUAAUGUACAGGUGAUUGAGCAGAGUUUCCUAUAUAAAGAAACCCAGGAACCUGAACAAAAGUUAGUCUCUACUUCAGAACACAUCUCCCACCCUUCAAGUGAAUUAAGAGGACUUGAUGAGAAAACAUCUAGUAAAUGUUCCAUGUUAAAUCCAGCUGAAAAUGACAUACAGCAGAAUUUUACACCUCUACCUCCACAUAAACAGGAACGCAUUCUUGACGUUUCUGAACAUAAAUUAACUAUAAAUGAAAAUGACUUAGAAGAACUCAGGGUAGAUCACUGUCCUUGUAGGCCACAAAUAUCUAUACAAGUUUCUAAUUGCAAUACAGAUAAUAGUGCAUCUCAACCACAACAGAAGUCAGAUACUGUGCUUUUUCCAGCAAAGGAUCUAAAGGAAAAGGACCUUCAUUCAGUGUUUUGUCAUGAUUCUGAUCUGUUAGCAAUGAACAGUUCACAGGAGCACCUUACAAUUCAAGCAAAGACUCCAUCCCAGAGCCCUCCUGAGGAACCCAACACAUGUGACCUCAAGAAUAUGGAUAGUUUACCUUCUGGUAAAAUCCAUCGGAAAGUGAACAUUUUAUUAGGAAGAAAUAAAAAAGAAAAUCUGGAACCAAGUGUGGAGUUAGAUAAGAAAGAAACUGAAUUUCUUACUACACAAGAAGAAAACAGAAUUUGUAGCUCACCAGAACAAUCUCUACUGGACUUAUUUCAGACAAGUGAAGAGAAGUCAGAAUUCUUGGGUUUCAAAAGCUACACCGAAAACAGUGGUAUGUGUGAUACUUUAGAUAUUUGGGAAGAGGAAGAUUCAAAUAAUCUGUUAUCAAUGUUUUUCUCUUCCCCUUCAACUUCUACAUUUACUGGCUUUUAGACUUCAAAAAUAAAUAACCUUUCAAAAGCAA